AUGGCGCAUCUUCUUGGAAGUAAAGUUUGUAUUGACAGUUUACGUGUUGAUAUUGAUGAUUUACAAAAUGUUAUAUAUGAUAUUAUUGGAAAAACAGGUUCAAUUAAAUGUCAUUCAUGGAAAUUUCCAGAUAAACUUGCAACAGAUGUUGAUAUUAAUGAAAUACUUGAACGAUAUCAAUAUGGAAAAAAUGAUCUUGACAAUCAAGUUUCUCAUAUUAUUUUAUUUGAAAUUAUUAUUGAUAGAAUUUCAGGAUUGAAAAAAUCAUUAUUUCAGGCAAGUAAAAAUAUUCGUCUUCCUAGAAUUGAUUGUCUAUUUUAA